AUGGAAUCAAUUUUAAAAAAUAAUUCAGAAAUUAAAUUCAAUCAAACAAAUAAUACAAUGCAAGAUUCUAUGCUUUUAUUGAAUUUACCAGUAAACUAUACAGGUAACAAGUCAAAGUCCAACUUUUCGGAAUUUUCAGUUAGUUCUCAUGGCUUCGCAAAAGCAAAAGUCAAUGGAUACAAUGUAGAAGCCUCAGUUUGUGAAGAUGGUGAACUCACUGGUGUAUGUUCAUGUCAUGCCCCUAUGUGUAUACAUAUCAACACACUUGGUUUACAUCUAUUGGAGUGGGCAGAUGCCAACAGACACAGAGAAAAACAUAUGAAAAAGAAUUCAGAUUUAAUUUCUCAAUUACUUAGAAAGUCUAAAUAA